GGAGGGGUCAGAGAGAGGGAGGAGCGCCUCUUAGGUGUCACUGCAGGAAGGAAGGAAGGGGCGGGUGGAGGAUUGUGACCCUCCUUCCCUGCUCUCUUCCUCUUCCUCAUAACUUUGCCUCCGAAGUUGGAACAAACUUCCACGGGUGUGGAGAGCAGAGCGAGCCUUUGCUGCCAGGGAGGGGGAAAAAAGAGACGCUCUCCUUGGCUUGCUCUUUAAAUGUCUGGAGAACUAUGCCCAACAAGUUGUGUUUUCCUGGGUGAAGAAAUCUAUAGCUUCCCAGAAUGCUUUCUGACAGAGCAGAGAUAAUUUCUUGACUUUGUUUUCUUUUAUCUGAAAGGGGGAUGGAGAAGAAAAAACCUGAGGCUCCGACUUAUCGAUUCCAGCUCCUUAUGGUGACUCGUAUCUUCUGAGUGAUUUGGGCAACAGGCCGGUGAACCUGCUGCUCACCUUACGGUUUGUUCGCUGCUGAAGUACCAUGCCGAGCAGGAUGGGAUCAAAAAUGAAUCCGGAGAGAGAUGUCGUCCGAGUGAAGACUCACUAUAACGGGGAUAUCCUCAUUACAAAUCUGGGUGCAUCCAUGAACUAUGAUGAACUCUGUGACGAAGUGAGAGAGAUGUGCCAUCUGCAGCAGGCACAGCCAAUUACGCUUAAAUGGAUUGACAAUGAAGGUGACCCGUGUACCAUUUCAUCUCAGAUGGAACUGGAAGAAGCAUUCCGCUUGUACAGCCAGCAGAGAGAUGAAGGGCUCAUUAUUCACGUCUUCCCCAGUAUUCCAGAAAAACCAGGCAUGCCGUGUCCCGGCGAGGACAAAUCCAUCUACCGUCGCGGAGCCAGAAGAUGGAGGAAGCUAUACAGAGUGAAUGGGCAUCUGUUUCAAGCCAAGCGCUUUAACAGAAGAGCAUACUGCGGCCAGUGCAGCGAAAGGAUAUGGGGUCUCGGAAGGCAAGGCUACAAGUGUAUCAACUGCAAGUUGUUGGUCCAUAAACGCUGUCACGUACUUGUCCCACUGACCUGCAAAAGGCAUAUGGAUUCUGUGAUGCCUUCCCAGGAACCUCAAUUAGACGAUAAGAAUGAUGAAGUUGACAUCCCCACAGAAGAAAACGAUGGAAUGCCCUAUAUUCCUUCAGCCCGGAAGCACGACAAUAUUAAAGACGAUUCUGAGGAUCUCAAGCCUGUUAUUGAUGGAAUGGACGGAAUUAAGAUCUCUCAGGGUCUUGGCCUGCAGGACUUCGACCUGAUCAGAGUCAUUGGACGGGGAAGCUAUGCCAAAGUUCUUUUAGUACGGUUAAAAAAGAAUGACCAGAUUUAUGCCAUGAAAGUAGUGAAGAAAGAAUUAGUCCACGAUGAUGAGGAUAUUGAUUGGGUGCAGACGGAAAAACAUGUGUUUGAACAGGCAUCCAGUAACCCAUUCCUAGUCGGUUUACAUUCCUGCUUUCAAACGACAAGCCGGUUAUUUCUUGUUAUAGAGUACGUGAAUGGGGGCGACCUCAUGUUUCAUAUGCAACGGCAAAGAAAACUCCCGGAAGAACAUGCCAGGUUUUAUGCUGCUGAAAUCUGUAUUGCUCUAAACUUCCUGCACGAAAGAGGCAUAAUCUACAGAGAUUUAAAAUUAGAUAACGUUCUCCUGGAUGCGGAGGGUCACAUCAAACUAACAGAUUACGGCAUGUGCAAGGAAGGAUUGGGCCCCGGAGACACUACAAGCACUUUCUGUGGAACACCAAAUUAUAUUGCUCCAGAGAUCCUACGAGGAGAAGAGUAUGGGUUCAGCGUGGACUGGUGGGCCCUUGGCGUCCUGAUGUUUGAAAUGAUGGCAGGAAGAUCUCCCUUUGAUAUUAUUACUGACAAUCCAGAUAUGAAUACUGAAGAUUACCUCUUCCAAGUUAUCCUUGAAAAGCCAAUCCGAAUCCCGAGAUUCCUUUCUGUCAAGGCCUCUCAUGUCUUGAAAGGAUUUUUAAAUAAGGAUCCCAAAGAAAGGCUUGGGUGCCAACUGCAAACUGGAUUUUCUGAUAUCAAAUCACAUACUUUCUUUCGCAGUAUAGACUGGGAUCUGCUGGAAAAAAAGCAGGCGACCCCCCCAUUUCAGCCUCAGAUCACGGAUGAUUAUGGCUUGGAUAACUUUGACACCCAGUUCACCAGCGAACCUGUACAGCUAACUCCAGAUGAUGAGGACGUAAUAAAAAGGAUAGACCAGUCGGAGUUUGAAGGAUUUGAAUAUAUUAACCCGUUGUUGCUGUCAACUGAGGAAACGGUAUGAGAGAAACGGCAUCUGCCUCGAGGACAAACAACGUGAAUGAACUUUUACAGUUAAUCCUUAACAACAGUAUAUGCAUGCGAGGCUGGGGGGAACUGUACGGUUUUUGAAUGGAGACCCGUGACGAAGAUUGCUGCUGAAAACUCAAGAGAAGAACAUGAUUUUUUUUUGGUGGGUGUCUUCCUCUAAUUUUUUUUUUAAAAAGAGUUCGGGGCAGUGACUGACACUACCGGCUUCACGAAGAAAUCUGCAUUUCGUGCCUGCUUCAUGAAGGAUCCGUGGUUCGUUGCAUCCCUGGGGGGAAAAAGAGAGAGAUUCCAAACCACGUUCAAAGCCGUGUGCUUUUGAUAGACGUUUGAUGCAAUGAGCUAUCAGAACGGUGUGUAACAUCUUGAAGAAUAAAAAACGUUAGCGGUGUUGAAGCUUACUUUAGAUGCCUUUCUUUCCACAAACGGUACCUAUCUUAAGUGUGUCAGUUUUAUAAAUAUAUAUAUAUAUAUAUAUAAUGUUAUAAUAUAUAUAUAUAAAGAAAUGAAAAGGAGUUGUGUUUUAUUAGCAAUUAAAACAAAUUUGGGUACAGAAUCUAAGUGCCUAAAUGGAUAAAGUACAUAAGAAAUAUUCCAUAUUUGGAACACUUGAUAACCCUGGUAAGUUCUGGUUAUUUAAAAAAACGAAGUAUUUUACACACGGAACAUACAGAUAACAGCUGCUAUCUCAAUUCUAACUUAUCUCCGUAGAACUCUUAGAAGGGGCAGAGGUCUUAGCAAUAACUUCUAAAUUACAGCUUUAUCAGUGAUAACACCUGGAUUAUGCUUAAUGUGGCAAGGGGGAAAGUCACCAAAUCUCAUUCAGAAAAAAAAUUUAAAUUUGCACACGGUGGACUACUGAAAAUACUUGAGCAGUGCCUACAAUGUCUUGUGUUGUAUACUAGAUUUUUUUGGGGAAAAAAUAUUUUUAUCAAUGCAAUAUUCAAAAGGAACAAUGGAAACUUAAUGGAUUGUCGCCUUAAAAGUUUAAAAACUAAUUCUAGAAUAUCCAUCAACAUAUUGCAUUUUCUUUUCUGAUAAAGCACACCUCCUACUUAAAAAACGAUAACCUUUGAAAUGCUCUGACGUGUGCCAUUGACGAGUUCUCCCAGAGAAUGUUUCGGUGAAGGCCACACGCGUCAAAGCAGUAACUUAACGAAGGAGAAAAUGAACAGAUACGAGUAUUGUGUAAGGAUGAGAAACGUCCCUAUCCCCUUUGGAAACGGCAGAGUCUUGUGUCAGGUUAAUGGCUUGUCCGUUCUGGAAUUGGAAUUAGUUUUUUUUUUAGAACAAACAAGUGUGCAUUGAUGUUUAAAACCUUUCAGAAUCCUGUAACACCGGCCUCAUUACGAAUGAGGGCAGAGGCAGUAUUUCAUUUUGGUCGAUUUUUGGUUCCAACUCCACUGAGUAGCUUGCGGUUCUGGGGGGAAAGGAGAGAAACCCUGUGUGCCAUGACCUCUCACCUCAGUCGGGUGUAAAAUGCGAGAUGAACUUGCAAGGUUUUUCACUUUGCUUUUAUUGUAUCGGUUUCUCAGGGCGCAGCAUUCCAUUAGGUGCUGAACACAACAUCUCAGAUGCAUUCAAGUCCAUGAGGUGCUAGGAUAAGACUGCCAAAUCAUGGUCCUGAAACCUUCUCAAGAAACGCAUCAGUUGAGACUACCCUUCGUAUAUCCCUCACCCCGGCCACAACUAACGCACACUUGUGACAGUUCAGCGUCUUUAAUUGAGCAGGGGGUCUUCAGACCAGGAGUAGAUAAAAAUUCAGUUCAAAGUCUCUUAAGUCCGGAUGCUCGGGGAUUUAGAUAAUCAAGUCACCUGGCUAAAAGAGAAUCCCGCUUCCUUUUCAAAAGACCCGUGAGAGUUUUGUUUUUGGGAAAGACCAUUUCCUCCCUUCUCUGAACUAUUCAGAGUACCCUGAAACAUUAUGUGUCUGUUUUUUGGGUUUACAACUGAACAGCUGGGCUUUUUUUGCAUGGCAGUGUGACACACGAUGAUGCGGUGUGGGACAAAGGGGGACGGUCAAAAUGUUGCGGGUUUCUUGCCCUAAACUUCAGUCAGAACACUAAAGUCGGGCAAGUGGGCGAAUGACCACACUUGCUCCUCAAUUAUAAUAAAAUGAGUCCUUGAUUUACUUACAAAUUUAAGGAAUUUACAAUGUUGCUGUGUUGCCAAAUAAGUUGCUGGUUGCAAGUUAGUCACUCAUGUGCAAGUGUAUAACUAAUGUUCUGUUCAUGAUGAAGGGGAAAUUUUUUUAUAUGAAGUACUUGUUUUAUAAAUUAAAAGGAAAAAAUGAAGGAUGUAAUUAAAUGUGUGGUUUAAAGAAAAUCCUAAUAUAUUGCAAAAUGGAUCUGGUAACGAUAUCAUUGUCUUAGGUAUGUAAAUGAAAUGUAAAUGAAAACUCUCUAGCUAAUUUAAUGAUUGUAAAACAGUAAAAUAUGUUCUUGUAGUUUUGUAUAAUUAACUAGUUGAGAUCUUUGGCCAGUUUUAUUUGUGCAGAAGACACUAUACUAACCCAUAAACAGCUAAGAUCCAUUUAUAUUCUUGCACAUCUAUUAAAGACUUUAAUGAAAAA